GCUGAAGAGGGGAAGGAUAAUUAUAUUUGUAGAAUUUUGGAGUUCUUUGAGGCAGUAGAUGGCACACCUUACUUCACAGCCCAAUGGUUUUAUAGGGCCCGUGAUACGGUCAUUCAAAGCUGCUGCAACCUGAUUGAUGAUAAACGUGUAUUUUUAUCAGAAGUGAAGGAUGACAAUCCUCUGGAUUGCCUCGUUGAGAAGCUGAAAAUUGUUCAUCUGCCUUUAAAUGUUGAUAUGUAUUCCAAGAAGGUUGCAAUUCCAGAUUGCCACUAUUACUAUGACAUGAUGUACUUGUUGCCAUAUUCCUCUUUUGUGAGCUUGCCACCACCAGAUAACAUGGGGAGCUGGAAGUGA